UAAGUAUUUAAUUUUAUUUAAUAUCACAGGAGAAUUCAGUUUUCCAUUCCUCUGGGGUUGAUGUGCUGCAAAGGUGAAGUGAGGGUCAGUUGGUCAGCUGACUGUGGACAUGUGAACACUUAGUCACAUAUACAGUCAUAGUUUCACUGAAGUCUGUAUAGUCCUACUGGAGGUAGAAGGUCAAGCUAGACACCACUGGAAACAUCUCAUUCUCAUUAUCUCUAGCCGCUUUAUCCUGUUCUACAGGGUCGCAGGCAAGCUGGAGCCUAUCCCAGCUGACUACGGGUGAAAGGCGGGGUACACCCUGGACAAGUCGCCAGGUCAUCACAGGGCUGACACAUAGACACAGACAACCAUUCACACUCACAUUCACACCUACGGUCAAUUUAGAGUCACCAGUUAACCUAACCUGCAUGUCUUUGGAGUGCGGGGGAAACCGGAGCACCCGGAGGAAACCCACGCGGACACGGGGAGAACAUGCAAACUCCGCACAGAAAGGCCCUCGCCGGCCACGGGGCUCGAACCCGGACCUUCUUGCUGUGAGGCGACAGCGCUAACCACUACACCACCGUGCCGCCCCCACUGGAAACAAUUAAUUUAAAAAAAUCAAACUUAGGCCAUGGCAGAAGUGCAGAUUCGUCACUAUGAGGAUGAUGAUGAGGAAGACGUGAAGGAGAUCUUCACACUUGGAAUGAGCGAGCAUGUGCCAUCCUCAUGCAUGCACGUGCUGAAGCAGCCUCACACCCAGAUGUUGCUAGCAUGUGUGUUCUGCGCUCUGCUGACCAGCUCUAAGUCCAUCUUGCUGCCCAUCCUGGCUGUUACACUGCUGCUGGCUGCAGGGCGCCAGGGAAUCUGUUACAUGUUUUCCAAGUACAUCCAAAUUUCCCUGAGCAAUGACCUUAACAAUAUCCGGGAAACGUACAUGGAGGUGGCCAAUUCCUGCUUUUGGGUGGCCGAGUGCCAGGGUCGGGUGGUGGGCACAGUGGCGUGCCUCCCUGCCAAGCGCAUUGAGGGCUGCCUGGAGCUUAAGCGCAUGUCAGUAAAAUACUCUCACCGUGGGAGGGGCAUCGCCAAAGCCCUAUGCCGCACCGUGACUGACUUUGCUCAGCUGCGGGGCUUUCCAGCUGUGGUACUAUAUACUUCAAUUGUACAGACAGAUGCUCAGAAGCUGUAUGAAAAUAUGGGUUACAAGAGGGUUCGGGAGUUUCUUUUCCCAGAGUUGGUUGCCAAGAUCACCAACUUCACUUUAUUUGAGUACAGGCUUGACCUGGAGCAGCCUGGAAACUAAACAAGAAUGCAGUUCGCGUUAAUGAAAAAUGUGUUGCACCAUUUCAGUUAUUCUCUUCAUGUAUUUCGGUGACAUCAGAAGCCCCUGUAAGUACUGUAUUUGAAUGUGGAAGGGGAUAGUUGAUAGAUUGAACUUUUUAUUAAAAUUUUUCAUUUUCCAGAGCAAGAGCAGAACAUUCCCUGACAUAAAACCUAUUUAAAAAAAUUGUUAGAAUAUAGAAGAGAGAGCUUAAAGUGCAUAUCACGGGUAAAUUCAGGCGCAAGAUCAAUGUAAUCCUUCUAUUUUAUAUUAAACUUUGGUCAAAUAUCUGUAACAUUCUGCAUUCUCUGCAAUUUUUUUUUACCUUGUGCAAUACCAGAAAAAUUCCGUUGAAAUCAAGCCAUUUGAGGCGAAUUGGUCCGCCUCUGAAAACACUUUGCAUUUGAAUUUCCCGGGAAACAUUGAUUUUCGUGACGUCGCGUGCGGGACGCCUCCCUCUGAAUCCUACGUCAGCGCUGGUUUGUUUAUGGGAAAACGACCUGGUGGUUUUCUGCAAAUUUCUUCAACGUUAUCACGUAAUUAUUAAAAUGGUUAACAGAUGUAUCGUAGGAGGGUGUAGCAACACCAAUCAUGACGGGAUUAGUACUCAUCGUUUCCCAAAAGACCGGACAAUGAGAGAGAAAUGGGAGCGCUUGGUCUACACAGGCUGUGCACUGAAACCGUGCAAAGCUCGUGCAGCCUGCUGGCGCUUCCGCAGGUAACGUCACGAAUCUGGCUCCAGACUCCCUUGAGAUUUUUCCAGACGCGUUUUAUUUUAUUUUUUCUGCUGUAGACAGAUGGCCUUGUGCAAAAUUACCCUUCUGGAUGAGUGUGUAAAGGGGCAUACUUUCAUAUAAAAAAACCACAAAAUUAGUCCAGAAUAUGCACUUUAAAAUCAGAGAGAGCCACCCCUUACAGAGGGAGGGGCAUUUACAGUAAAUCAUUGUCCAUUUUAAGAGGAAUAUUAUGAUGACAACAGUUCUGGGGUGUUCCAUGAUACUAACCGUUUUGUUCCCCUUUAAUUGUGGCCUUACUGGCAUUCCAUUCAAUUGCGGGAGAGAUGUUACCGUCGUCAUUUAUGGCAAAGUACUCCGACAGGGCUGCCUGUAUUUCUUGUUUAGUAUGAGUAUCUGCUAGUAAUGAUACAUUGAGCCUCCAGUGCUUAAACCGAUUGUCUAAUCCUAAAUUAAUUUUCGUAGUAACUGGGCUAUGAUCAGAGAUAGUGAUUGGCUCAACUGUGCUUUCUUUUACUCAGUGACGGUCUUGUUUUGACAUACAAAAGUAGUCCAUCCUUGAGUAGCUUCCAUAUACUUGCGACAUGAAUGUAGAAUCUCUGUCAUUAGGGUGAAGAUGUCUCCAAACAUCUGCUAGGCCCAAUUCUUUCAUCAUAUUUGAUAGGCCCUUAGAUAUCUUAGAUUGAGGUUUUAUCCUUACAGGCAGUCUGUCAAAUUUUGUGUUUAGUAUACAAUUGAAAGCCUCUCCCAUAAUUAUAAUCCCCUCAUCUGUGUCUGCCACAAGAGUUGCCAUCUUUUUAAAAAAAAAGUGGGGGCAGUCUUCAUUUGGAGCAUAUGUAUUUAAGAUGGUUAUCUUUAUGCCUCCAGUCGUUCCAACCACCAUGACAUGGCAACCUUCUUCAUCUUGAAAAGUUUUUUCAUUAUUGUAAUAUGUGACGAGUCAUGGAAUCCACGGACCCGUGUCGGCCGAAACGAAU